AUGAGUCACUUAAUGUCACUUCCAAUCGUGUUGCUGAAGGAAGGAACAGAUAAAUCCCAAGGGAAGAGUCAAAUAAUCCGAAAUAUUAACGCAUGCCAGAUAGUAGUAGAUAUAGUAAAAACAACUCUAGGACCUAGAGGUAUGGACAAAUUGAUAUAUACAGAUCGCGACGUAACGAUUACUAAUGAUGGAGCAACUGUAAUGAAUCUGUUAAACAUAACUCAUCCAGCUGCAUCAAUAUUAGUGGACAUAGCAAAAUCUCAAGAUGAUGAAGUAGGAGAUGGAACAACAUCCGUAGUUGUAGUAGCUGGUGAGUUGUUAAACGAAGCAAAGGGAUUAUUAAAUGAUGGAAUUGAACCAAACAUGAUAAUUGAUGGGUUCAGAAAUGCAUGUAAUGUAGCAAUAAGUAAAUUAAAUGACUUAAGUUUAAAUUUUGUAAACAAAAGUGAAGAAGAAAAAAGAAAUAUUUUAUUAAAAUGUGCACAGACAGCAUUAAAUUCUAAGUUGGUUUCUAAUCAUAAAUCGUUUUUUGCCGAAUUAGUAGUUAAUGCAGUUUAUAAACUAGGUGAUAAUUUAGAUAAAUUAAAUAUAGGAAUUAAGAAGGUAACAGGAGGAUCAUGUCUUGACACACAAUUAAUAUAUGGUGUUGCUUUUAAAAAAACAUUUUCCUAUGCAGGAUUUGAACAACAACCGAAAAGAUUACAGAAUCCAAAAAUUUUAUUAUUGAAUGUGGAAUUAGAAUUAAAGGCAGAGAAGGAAAAUGCAGAAGUGAGAAUAGAAAACCCUAAUGAAUAUAACUCGAUUGUACAAGCUGAAUGGGAGAUAAUAUUUAAAAAGUUAAAUUUAAUAAAAGAUAGUGGAGCUAAUAUUGUUUUGUCAAGACUUCCAAUCGGUGAUAUAGCUACACAAUUUUUUGCAGAUAAUGAUAUAUUCUGUGCAGGUAGAGUUGAAGAUGCAGAUUUAAAAAGAACUGCACAUGCAACAGGAGCAAUUGUUCAAACAUCUUUAUAUAAUUUAAAUGAAAAUAUUUUAGGUACAUGUGGUGACUUUGAAGAAGUUCAGAUAGGUAAUGAGAGAUAUAAUAUCUUUAAAGAAUGUUUAAAAAGUAAAUCAGUUACUAUUAUUUUAAGGGGAGGAGCUAAACAAUUCAUUGAAGAAGUAGAGAGAUCAAUUAAUGAUGCUAUUAUGAUAGUACUUAGAUGUAUAAGCAAUUCAGAAAUAGUACCAGGUGCUGGUUCUAUAGAAAUGCAAUUAUCGAAAUAUUUAAGGAUAUAUAGUAGAUCUAUAUAUAAUAAAGAACAAAUAGUUUUAUAUUCAUUUGCAAAGGCUUUGGAAUCUAUUCCACGAUAUCUUUCACACAAUGCAGGUUAUGACUCAACAGACAUUCUAAACAAAUUAAGAAAAAAACAUUCAGAAGAAACGAAUGUCGUUUGGUAUGGUGUGGAUUGCUUAGAAGGAGAUAUCAUUAACGCAUAUGAUCUUUGUAUUUUCGAAGUUACAAAAAUUAAGAGAAACGUAAUUUAUAGUGCCACAGAAGCUGCGUGUCUAAUUUUGUCCAUCGAUGAGACGAUAAAAAAUCCAAGCAGCGCGGAUAAGGCUCCCAGGAACCCUUAUGCAUGA